AAGUCCAGACUUUAUUCCAGUGUCAAGCGCUCUCGCUGGCGUUUAUCGGCUAAAUAUUUCAAGAUCAGCUUAGAAUCAAAUUGAAUUCGCCAUGGGGAGGUUUAUCAAUGUUUGCCUUCUGCUACUGGGAUUGGUGGGCGUGGCAAGGACGACGAAAUUUUAUACACCACAAGCUGAUCGACUGCCCGUCAACUUGUACUACGAGACAUUGUGUCCUUAUUGCAAAGAAUUCGUCACCAAACAACUAGAUUAUUCGAUGUUCCUGCGGGAACGGCUGCAACACUCGGAUCUUACGCUAGUUCCCUACGGAAAUGCUGUGAUCGACGCCAAUGGAAAUGUGGAGUGCCAGCACGGAGUGGAUGAGUGCGAGUUAAACGCCUGGCACGCCUGCAUACUGGAGCAUCAUGACAUAUACAUAUCCUUGAAGUUGAUUUCAUGCAUGAUGCAAAACAAACAUAACUCCCUGGACUUUUGCUCUUCACCAAUGAAUAUCAAUGUCACCGAUGUUAAAAACUGCAAAAACACCAGAAAAACGAGUGAUAUUCUCAAAAAGUACGCCGAGGAAACGGCCAAGGUGAAAUUUAGCGGAGUACCAGCCGUGUUUAUCAAUAACGAGCGACCAGAAAAUGCAACCGAAGAUUUCGAUAAAGCUUUUUGCGACGCUUAUCUAAAAAAGUUUAACAAACUACUGUAUAAGUGUUAGUUUGAACUGCGAAGAGAGACAAAUAUUGGAAAGAAAAAUGUAGUUAUUUUAUUCAUGAAAAAAUGCAUUGUAAAUGAAAUGUAAUAAAUUGGUUUAGAAAUUGGUAUACAAAUAA